AUGUCGGGAGCCCAGCAAUACAACUUCCCUCCACCUCCUCCGCCUCCCCCAGGUCCUCCUCCCUCGAAUCAGCCUCCCCACCAGCAGCAACAUCCUCAGUACGGAUACGCUCAGCAGCCGCAAUACCAGCAGCCCCGAGGUGGUGGAGCUCCGCGAGGCGGAAGGGGUGGCAGCCAGGGCGGACGAGGUGAUUUUCACGCGCCAUCACCAUACAACCAUCCUCCUACCGGCUACAAUGGCCCUCCUCAACCACAAGGCCCUCAUCAGCUUCAGCAAGGCCCGCCAGCAGGUUACAAUGGUCCCAGCGGUCCGCAAAAUCCUGCUCCUUACAUAGGUCCCCAAGCUCCAGGUCCACAAGGCCAUCAAGGUCCUGGUCCUGCUAAUGGCUAUCCAGGCCCGGGCCCUGGACAUCAGUGGCAGUCUGAUCAACAUCAGCAGUCCCAUGGGCCGCAGCAUCAUGGACCUCAGCAACAUCCCCAGCAACCUCCGAUGCAACCAGGUCCCGUUCCGGCUCCUUUGUCUGCACAGAACUAUCAUCCCAAUUACGCCCCUCAAGGCUAUAAUCAACCACCACAGUAUGGUCCGCAGCAAACUCCGCAAUUUCAGAAUGCUCAGCAGCCUCCUUAUGGUCACAGUGUGCCCCCCAAUCCCAACCAGCCACCUCAGUGGUCUGGUCCACCACAGCACAGCCCGCCACAGUUUAAUAAUCGCGGUCGUGGUCGUGGCGGUUUCAAUAGUGGUCGAGGAGGUCAUGAAGUCCCUUUGAUGGGCCCCCCAAUUCGCAUGGGGUUUGACAAUGAGCGAGGCGGCCACCUGGCUCAAGCGAGUCCUUCCUUUUCCCCACAGUAUGCAAAUCAUCACAGCCCUCCUGUUCCAUUUAAUCAGCCUACCUAUCAAGGUUAUCCACCGCAGAACUUUCUGCAUGGAGGAGGACAGCGUCCACCACUUGAUCCCAAUCCCUUCAACUCUGGCCCCCAUCGUGGCAGAGGCAGUAUGAAUUUUAGAGGCAGAGGUCGUGGUGAUUUCUCACACCGCGGCCGCGACAAUCGUCAUCCUAAUGGCCAGAGAGCUUCCUCAGAGAACUUCCAUAAGCCUGCAGGUGCAGAUCUUAAUGGCAAGAAAAAGAAGAAGCGUAGAACAAACACUCUUGGUCUUACACCAAAUGGGGUUGAUCACGAUUCAAGCGACGAUGAAGUCGACGAUGUUGAUGAAGAGGCUCGUCUUGUUACUUUGCUUGGACCAGAUACGCCACAACUGCCUGCUGAUCUUGAGGCUUGGCUCCAGGAGCGAAAGUCCCGAUUCCCUACGAAAGCUCGUAGAGAAGCUGCCGCUGAAGAACUCCGUCUGCGCCGUGAGCAAAACCAAGAAAAUAAGAGCAAGAAUCAGCAGGCCAAAGAGAAAGAGGGCGAGUCGAAGCUUGAGCGACAACAGAGAAAAGCCGAAAAGCUAAGACUCGAACUCGAGAAACUUGAACGCAACAUGUCUGGUGCGAAGCGCAAGCGUGACAAUGGUGAUGAAGGCGAUGAGGACCGAGGUCAAGUGAGCGAUGAAGAAUCUGAAGGUUCUUCUAGCGAGGAAUCCGAACCAGAGACCAUGUCAUCCCGCAACAAUGGCCCCAUGCGCGUUCCUCCUCCACCAAAAGCACAGCUUCAGCGUCACUGCAAAUACUUUUCGACUGGUGGUACAUGCGGUAAGAAGGGCAAGUGUCGUUUCGUUCACGAUCAGGAGGUUCGCAAUCAAGCUUUGAGGGACAAGGAAGCCAACGGUGGCAAGAUGACACUCGCUCAGCGCCUCAUUCUGAGCGACACUGCAAAGGAUGAUUUGACCAUUCUCAAAUCCAUCAAGUACCUCAAGGAGAAGGGGCUGUUGCCAGACCAGCAUAAUGCUAGUGCAACAAAUGGGGAUGAUCAUGCUGCCGGCGAGGAAAAUGUUUACACCGAAAAUUUGAACUAUGGCGACAACUGA